AUGGACUUCUUCAAAAGGGGGCCCCCGGGGGCCCCCAGCAGCGCCUGCGGCCGCUCCGCUUCCGCCGGCGCCUUCCGCCCAUCCCAGCCGCUGCUGCGCAGCUCCAGCUCUCCCCUGGAGCGCCUUGAGUCGCUGCAGCAGCCAGAGAGCUUUUGCUGCGCCGAUCAAGCAGCAGCGGCAGCAGGAGCAGCAGCAGCAGCGGCGGCAACGCCCCUCUUCUACUCCCUCGAGGCCUCUCCCGCGGCUAGCUGGGAAGCUCAGCCUGCUGCUGCUGCUGCUGCUGCUGCUGCACAUUUGCCUUCGCCUCUAGACAGCUACAUUCUGCACCCGGUGGCCUCGAGCCCUGCGGACUUCAGUUCGGAGAGGCCCGGCAGCAGCUCCCCUGCUGCUGCUGCUGCUGCUGCUGCAACAGCGAGGGGCCAGUCAGCGCCUGAGACCUGCUGCGCUGCAGAGGCGUCCGGCAGCAAACUGCAAGUCGCUGCCCCCUUCAGCGACAUCCAGCAGCAGCGGCAGCAGCAGCAGCAAAGUGGCCCUGUGCUUGUCCGCUGCACUUCAGGGCCCAUUAGCCACUCAAGAAGCCCCUCAGCAGAACGUUUGUCUCUCUACCGCGACUCAGCAGCCGCUGCAGCAGAUGCUGCAGCAACUGCAGCAGCAGCUGCAGCAGCAGCUGGUGCUGCAGCAGAUGCUGCUUCGGGCUACGCCCACCAAGAAGCAGCGCAGCACCUGGGCUUUUGGGGGCCUAAACAGGAUUUAUCCGCAGCUAUUCAUGCCCAUCAUUCGCUGCAGCAGCAGCAGCAGCUGCUGCAGCAGCAGCAGCAGCUGCUGCAGCAGCAGCAGCAGCUGCUGCAGCAGCAGCAGCAGAAGCAGCAGCAAGAGGCGUCCCCUUCUCUAGCCUGUCGCAUGCGGCUUGAAGCCAGCCGGCCGCCUCGCGCCUUUCAGCGGUCCGCUUGGGGCUCUUUGUCCCGCCCAGAGUCCGCAGCAGAGGGUUUUGCUGCUGCUGCUGCUGCUGCUGCUGGGGGCGGCAGCAGCAGCAGCAGCAGAAGCAGCAGCAACUCCUGUCGCAGCGUUCGCGCGGCGCACCUGUCGCUGCCCACAAUGCCCCCCGUCCCCCCCCCAGAGGGGCCCCCGGGGGGGCCCCCCUGGGGGCCCCCGGGGGGCCCCCCAGGGGCCCCCGUGGGGCCUCGAGUGACCUCAAGAGUUGGUCUAAAGUGCCGGCAGCAGCUAAGCAGUUUGCUGCGCUCUGUGUCUUCCCCAGCUUUGGCCUUCAGUGGGCCUUCUCGGGCAGAGAAGGGCUGGCGAGGGGGAGGUGCUUCUGUGGCUUUUGCGGGCAAAGAAGCAGCAGCAGCAGCAGCAGCAGCAGCAGCGGCAGCAGGGCGGGGGGAGGGGGAGGGAGCAGUGGGUGGCCGCUGCGCGCCUGCGGCCGACUUCUCGGGCACCGCCGCUGCAGCUGCUGCUGCGGACGCCGCUGCAGCUGCUGCUGCGGACGCUGGUGCAGCGACCUUCAGCAGCAGCAGCAGCCGCAGCAGCGGGAGCCUGCUGCAGCAGACGGGCUCUGGGCGCUGCCGGGCGUGGGGUGUACGUGCAGCUGACACUUCUUCUUGGCAUUCUUUUAAUUCUUCUUCUCCAGUUUUUAACUUCAGCAGAAUUUCAAGAAACUCUUUCCAGCCGGGGGGCCCCCCGCAGCAGCAGCAGCAGCAAGGGGGUGCCCCCAGCUUCAGUUCUCUGCCGCUGAGCAGCAGCAGGCGCUACUCCUCAGACGUCGACUCCGCAGCAGACACAGCAGCAGCAGCAACAGCAGCAGCAGCAGCGCCUGCAGCAGCGGCUGCUGCGCAGCAGCAAGACAGCUCCCGAAACGCAGAAGGGCCUGCUGCAGCAGCAGCGGCAGGCGGCAGCAGCAGGUCUCUUCCCGCUGCAGUUGACAAGGGCGCCAACGAGCUCUUCCGCAGGCCAGCAGCAGCAGCAGCAGCAGCAGCAGCGGCAGCGGAGCCGGCAGCAGCAGCCUCGGGCGACACAGCAGCAGCAGCAGCAGCAGCAGCAGGGGGAGUUGAAAUGGAAGGAUUCGUGCAGGGAGUCCAGAGCUGCCUCUCUCGACUAAUUAAAAACUUCCCUCCAGGUUAUGAACUUCAUAAUGGAUAUGGGGCCUUUUCAGUACCCUCUUAUUGGCUAGCUGAGGGCCCCUGGGGGCCCCCCCCGCUGCUGGGGGCCCCCGCAGCAAGCAGCAGCACCAGCGCCCCCGGCAGCUGGAGAGACACUGCAGCAGCAGCACGCAGCAGCAGCAGCAGCAGCAGCAGCCAGCAAGCAGAGCCCGCCGGCAAGCCGGCAGGGCCAGAUGCCGACCUUCCUGCUGCUGCUGCUGCUGCUGGGACGGCGGCGUCUGCUGCUGCGUCGUCUGUUGCUGCUGCGGGCUGCAGCAGGGGAGCAGCAGCAGCAGCAGCAGCAGCACAAAGCCAGGAGAUGGGCCUGGAGAUUGUGUUUGCUCUAGAUGUUGUGCCUUCGGAAACUUCUGCUGCUGCUGCUUCUUGCUUCUACUCUGUGGAAGCAGUUGUUGGCCGUGGGGCCCACGGCGCUGUCUUCCGGGCCAAGCGCUUCACCACCACGCAGCAGCAGCAGCAGCAGCAGCAGCAGCAGCAGGAGUCGGAGUCUGGGCCUUCUGGCUCUGCCUCUGGCGCUGCAGCAGCAGCUGCUGCAGCGGGCGCCGCGCCCCCAGCCGUCGCAUCGCCGCCCUCCCCCUCCGCCGCGGGGGAGAGCAGCAGCAGCAGCAGCAGCAGCAGCAGCAGCGAGGCGGAGGAAGUGGAAGUGGAGGAAGACGAAGUGGCGCUGAAGAUAAUAGACCUGGACGGGGCGCUGCGGACGCAGUGUACAGACACCGGAGGGCGGGGCCGGUACCUGCAGCAAGUGCUCGCGGAAGCAAAGCUGCUGCAGCAGCUGCAGCACGAAAACCUGCUCAAGUGCCACGAGGCCUUCCAGUGGCCUCCUUGCUUCUUCGUAAUUGUCACGGAGUUCCUUCCGGGGGGUUCUCUGAGGGACCUUUACAAGUCUGCGGGGCCCCUCCCGGAGCCGGUCAUCGCGGGGGUUCUCAAAGAUGUGGUGGCAGCUCUUGCGUAUUUGCAUUCCACGGAAUUCGACGAAGACGGAAGGUGCAGCAAGCAGGUGUACAUACACCGCGACGUGAAGGCCGCCAACAUUUUGCUGACGGAGUCUGGCACUGCAAAGUUGAUCGAUUUUGGCAUUUCCAACGUCGGAGAAUGGGACUCCGAAUUCGCGGGCACUCCGCAGUGGAUGGCCCCGGAAGUGGCAGCUAUAUUUUUUCGCCGAAGUUUCCGACAAUUGGGUUCAAAAGAAAAAAACUCCCAAGAGGAAAUGGGGGCCCCCGGGGGCCCCCAUGGGGGGGCCCCUGGGGGCCCCUCUGGGGCCCCCGGGGGCCCCUAUGGGCCCCCCGUGGACAUUUGGUCUCUGGGCAUUACUGCCUACGAACUCGCCAUGGGCUGUUUGCCGUGGCCCAGCAAAAUGAAACUGGAAAAGCUGAUGCACAUGAUCGCCUACGGCCCGGCUCCGCGCAUAAACUUGAAUGAAGGAUUUGAAAAGUCCUUUUGUUAUUUUGUGGAAAAGUGUUUGCGAAAAAACGCCAAAGAGAGGGGAACUGCUGCUGAGCUGCUGAAGCACGACUUUCUGACAAAGUUCGGCUCCAGCAAACGCCCCCAGUCGCAUGCAGAGCUGCGGGAAGCUGUAGAGGCUUUUAACGGCAAGCGGCAGCCCUCCGUGCUUUCGACAGUAGUGAAGUACUUCAACAGCUGGGGCAAAAGAGGGGCCAGCAGCAGCAGCAGCAGCAGCAGCAGGGCCUCGCGGCGGCGGCUGCCUGCAGGCCGGCUGCAGCACUGGGGCUCUGGGGAUCCUGUGGGGGCCCCCCGGGGGGCCCCUUCAGCUCGCGGCGGCAGCUUUCAGCACAAGUCCGCGGCCUCUUCCAGCAGUUCAUUAUUAGCUUGUGCAAUUGAGAACAUUUCUUCAGCCAGCAGCUCCAUGGCGCAGCAGAACGAGCCUCUUGCUGCUGCUGCUGCUGCUGCAGCUGCUGCUGCAGCGCCUGCAGCACCUGCUGCAGCACCUGCUGCAGACGCACCCCAAGCCCACCAAGCGGCGGCACACUUGCACGCGCUCGCAGCCCCUGCGGACGCUCAGCAGGAGCAGCAGCAGCAGCAGCAGCAGCAGGACCAGCAGAAGCAGCAGCAGCCCCAAAUUCAUCAGGGAUGGACUGUCUCGGCCCCGGGCAGUUCCGUAAGUUUUGAAGAGCUCGAAUUUGCUGCUGUAGAAGCUGGCAUCGCUGCGGCGGACAGAACAGCAGCAGACGAGGGUCUCAGCAGAGCAGCAGCAGCAGCUGCUGCUGCUGCUCCCUCUGCUGCUGCAGCAGGAGCAGCAGCAGCAGAAGCAUCUGCAGACACCAAAGAGCAGGAAACGACGGAGUCCCCCAGCCCGCCCAAACCUUCCCGAUCUCUUUUCUCUUAUUUGUUUUCUGUAUUUCAAACAGCUAAGUCUCCGCAGCAGGAAGAUGCGCCUGCAGCAGCAGCAGCAGCAGCAGCAGCAGACGGCGCUGGUGCUGCUGCUCCUUCCGCAGCAGCCGACGCAGUUGCUGCUGACGCUGCUGGUGCCGACGCUGGAGCCCCUGCCGCAGCAGCAGCUACUGCUGCGACCGCUGCCGCAGCUCCUGCAGCAGCAGCAGCAACAGCAGCAGCAGCAGCUGCUGCUGCUGCGAGCCUGCCUGGCUCCCUUGCAGCUUCAAGCGACCCCUCGCUCGCCCCAUCGGCCAGCGAGCUGAACAGCGAGCGAAAGAAAAGGUCUGCAGUUCUGCAGGCCAUGAGGUCCUCGCCUUCCUCGUCAGCAGCAGCAGCAGCAGCAGCAGCAGCAGCGGGGGGGGGCGAGCAGCCCCCGCUGUGGCGGCGGUUUCGCAAAACCCGCGAGCUGAGCCUCAGCAGAAAAAUUAGAAAUAAAGAAACUCGAAUGAGUUUGGCAAAAGGAGCUGACAGGUUUAUGGGAUUGCUGAAGCGGGUGGGAGUGGUGAGCGAUGCUGCUGCUGCUGAAGCAGCAGCAGCAGCAGCAGCAGCAGCAGCGGCAGGGGCGGCCGCGGAGGCGGCGGCCGCGGGCAGCAGCGGCAAAGGCAGGAGCAGCAGCUGCGGCAGCAGCAGAGCUGCCGGGGGCUGCCGCAGCAAAGCAGCAGCAGCAGCAGCAGCAGCAGAAGCUCGCAGCGAGGACUUCUCUCGAGGAAUGAGGAGAAACAAAUCGCUGGGGAAUGGACUGACCAGUGGACCACUGGUCCACUCAAAGCCGGAAGGUCCACUGCAGCAGGCAGCAGCAGCAGCAAGAGCAGCAAGAGCAGCAGCAGCAGCAGCAGACGCUUGCAGCACCUCUUCGAAAGACUCCGCCGCGAAGGCAGCAGCAGAGUCCCUCCCAGCCGCAGCCCCUGGCGGCGAAGAAACACACGCAGCAGCAGCAGCAGCAGCAACAGCAGCAGCAGCAGCAGCAGCAGCAGCAACGGGGCUGGGCGGGCCCAUAAAGUUUUUCGACAUGCUGGAGAGCCCGACUGUACAGACAGCUCGGCUGCCCUCCAGCACUUCCAGCACCCCACACUGCAGCAGCUCGGAAGAGAAUUUAAAAAUUAGAAACAAAGUUGCUGCUGCUGGCGACACAACUCCAGAAGACACGGACUCCGAGGGAGCUGCUGCUGCUGCUGCUGCUGCUGCAGCAGCAGCAGCAGCAAGGUACCCCGAGGGCAGCUUCCCCUCGCUGCAGAGGGCGGGGAAAGAAGACACGGGAAUGCUGAGGUGUAUGGACAGCUCGGCUGCAGCAACGGGCUCUGCUGCAGCGUCGCCGCGAGAAGCGCAGCAGCAGCAGCAGCAGCAGCAGCAGCAGCAGGCCGCAGCAGCAGCAGCUGACGGUGCGUCUGCAGACCCGGCUAGCGCCGCGUUCCAGGAGGAGGCAGCUAAGCAGCAGCAAAAAGAAAAAGACGCAGCAGCAGCAGCAGCAAAUGCUGCUGAGGCGGAGCAGCAGAAAAGUUGGCUGGGGGGCCCUCAGGUGUACAGACGGCUGCUGGACGGCAUAGCGCAACUCGCAGAGCAAGCGGGCAUUCGCCGGCAGCAGCAGCAGCAGCAGCAGGCCAGCAGCAGCAGCAAGGAAGAAGCAGCAACGAACUCCGCCGAGGCUCCCGGCGGGGCAGAUCCGGCUGCAGCACAACAGCAGCAGGAAGCCGGAAGCCGCAGCAGCAGGGGGCCCCACGAAGCCCCGCAGCUGCAGCAAGACAGCAACAGCAGCAGCAGCAGCAGCAGCAGCACUCAGCUUUCUGGAGAGCCUCUGCAGCUUGUGGGGCCCCAGGACAGCCGCCAACCCUUUGGAGACCCCAGGGGCUUUUCCAGCCCCGCAGGGGCCCCCUAUGGGGCCCCCUACGGGGCCCCUUAUGGGGCCCCCUACGGGUCCCCUUACGGGGCCCCUUAUGGGGCCCCUGCGAAGGCCCCUGAAGGCUGGGAGCCCCCCGGGGGGCCCCAGCCUUCAGCGGGGGCCCCCGAGACCCCUGGGGGGGCCCCUGGGGCCCCCGGGGCCCCCAGCAGGGGCCCUUCUUCUCAGAGUAGCUGGUUGUGGAAUUUGCUGUCUCUUGAACAAAGCAAAAGUUCAAAGGGAGGGGCCCGGGACCCCAGCGUCAUAGCUGCGAGCUACUUAUCUGAGGGGGGCCCCCCCGGGAGGCCCCCCGGGGGGGCCCCCCUGGGGGCCCCCGGGGGGCCCCCCGAGGGCGUGUGGGUGGGGGAGUUUGGGCGAGGAGCUGCGAGGGGAGAGGAAGUGCAUUUGCUGCAGAGUCGAGGCCCCGAAGGCCCGGAAAUGAUUUCUUUUUUGGUGACAGAAACAGAACCAGAGCCUGAGACCUUUCGGGAGGCCCAGAGGAGAAAAUUCGGCAGAGACCACAAGUCCGCGGAGGCCCUCUACUUGCCCUUCCCCCCCUACUCCCCCUCCGCCUCCCAGGGGCCCCCAGGGGGCCCCCCGGGGCCCCCAGGGGGUCCCCCGGGGCCCCCGGGGGGCCCCCAGGGGCCCCUGGGGGCCCCCGAGGCCCUGGGGCCCCAGGGGCCUCCAGGGUACUACUGGCAGCCCUAUGGCCAUUCCUGCGGGGACCUGUACGCAGCCAGUGGGCGGCCGCGGGGGAACCGCCAGGAAGCUGCUGCAGAAGCUGCUGCUGCUGCUGCUGCUGCUGCUGCUGCUGCUGCAGCAGGCACUUGCGACCGCAUGCACUUCACCUCGUAUGCUGAGGACUUGGAGGAAGAAAAGCAAAGACAAAGAAGUGCUUCUCUCCACUAUCACCCCCCAGCAGACCAGAAAAUUGUUUAUUCUGCAGCAAAGCUGCAGCAGCUGCAGCACCUGCAGCACCUGCAGCAGAUGCAGCACCUGCAGCAGCUGCAGCAGCUGCAGCAGGGGCCCCCCGGCCAAAUGCAUGCACUGCCGCACGGGGUGUCUGUACACUGCAGCGAGCCCCCCCUCGUGGCAGCGCCUUCUGUGUUCUACGGGGGCCCCCAGGGGGCCCCUCAAGGGCCCCCUCAAGGGGCCCCCCAGGGGGCCCCCCUAGGAGCUGUGGGGCCCCAGGGGCCCCCAGGGGGCCCCCCCGCGUGGGCACUGCCGCAGGGGGCCCCCCCCGCGUACCCACAAAUGUUUGCUGCUGGCAGCAGAGGCUUUGCGGCCUACGUGCCCAACGCGUUUUCCGGGCAGCCAGCAGCAGCAGCAGCAGCAGCAGCAGCAGCAGCAGCAGCAGCAGCUGUCCCGCCCGACUUUCGCUCUUUCGCUUUAAACCCCCGCAGACAACAGCCCCACGGCCAGCCGUGA